CGAAUAACAGGAUUUCCUAGACAAGGAAGGAGUUCCGUGUUUGUCUGAUGCGAGUGGCCUUCGAAAACGAUUGUGUAGCAUUAACAUUUGAGGAAAACGAGGGGAAGAACAGUUUAUUACAAGAUCAAGUAGAACAGAAAGUUUACAGGCAACAGGAAAGUUUAGAGCUGGCAUUUGCAGGAAUCCUGAAAAGAACUCAAAUACAACCCAUCCGAAAUGUCUACGGAAACUGCCGUCUUGACAGAUUUUGCAGGAACAAGAAGCACAGAAGUCCAUGGCUGUGGGGCGACAGCAUGUUGUGACCCACGAACUCCAUGUCACAGAUUCAUAUUCUUAGGGUUUCUUUGCUUUCUUAGUUUCGGCGUUUAUUUCUGCUACGAUAAUCCUGCAGCUUUGCAGGAAACCAUCCUCGCAGACAUGAGCAUCAACAAAGAAAGUUUCAUGAACCUCUACGCAUGGUACUCUUGGCCAAGUGUUAUAAUGGCGAUGUCUGGUGGUUUUCUCAUAGACAGGGUCUUUGGCGUACGUCUGUCUGCAAUCAUAUUUGCUUCUUUUAUAACUUUAGGCCAGGUUAUCUUUGGACUUGGCGCAUAUUUACAGAAAUUUUGGGUGAUGGAGGCGGGAAGAUGUGUCUUUGGCCUUGGCGGAGAAACCUUGGCAGUUGCCCAGAACACGUAUGCAGCCGCCUGGUUCAAGGACAAAGAGCUGAACAUGGUAUUUGGACUGCAGCUGAGCAUGGCCAGGAUUGGCAGCACCGUGAAUAUGAAUAUCAUGCAGCCUGUGUAUCAAAGAUUUGCUCGCGUAUACAAGGAACCUUAUGGAGAUGGCUACAAAACACUGGGCUAUGCCUUGUUUUUUGGGGUUAUCUUUUGUCUGUUUUCACUGUCGAUUUCACUCACCCUUGCAUUUCUCGAUAAAAGAGCAAACAGAAUACUGCGUAGAGACGAUGCAAAAACAGGAGAAAUAAUUAGACUCAAGGACAUCAAAGAAUUCCCAUUUUCAUGCUGGCUCAUUUUCAUCAUAUGUGUCAUGUACUAUGUUUCUGUCUUUUCUUUCAUUGAUCUUGGUUUGGUAUUUUUCAUGUCUAAGUAUGGGUUCACACAUAGCCAAGCGAGUGUGUGUAACAGUCUUGUUUACUUGAUUUCUGCAGCGGCCUCGCCAUUCUUUGGCUUUAUAGUGGACAGAACAGGGCGGAGUCUUUAUUGGUUGAUGUUUUCAAUCAUGAUGACUCUCUUAAGCCAUGCAUUGCUUGCACUGACAUUCAUAACACCAUUUGUUGCUAUGUCCAUAAUGGGAGUCUUCUACUCGCUUCUUGCCUGCUCUCUGUGGCCUCUCAUUCCCAAUGAAGUGCCAGCUCAUCAGACUGGCACAGCAUACGGAUUGAUGCAGUCUCUGCAAAACCUUGGUCUUGGGGUCUGUGCCAUAGCAGCAGGCAAGAUUGUUGAUAACAGUGGCUACCUCAUGCUUGAGGUGUUCUUCUGCAUAUGUCUUUGUGUUGCAAUGCUUGCUGCAGUUGCUCUAUACUUUUGGGAUUCAGCCAAGGGCAGGGGGUUGAAUUUGUCAGCAAAAGAAAAGAAAAAGGCAAAGGCAAAGGAGAUUGCUGAGAAACAAAAGGCAGUGAACGAUUCAGCUUCAUAUGAGCAAAAGCCACUUAUUACAAACUGAAUGAAACAAUGCUCUUAAUCUUAAAAUCGAUCAGUAGUUAGUGCUGCAAAAUUAUAUCAGUUCAUGGCUUUUGUUUUUAACUUCAAAUGAAUAUUCACAGGUUCCAAGAAAUGCCACAUUGGUCACAACAUUUGUAUUUACAAACUUAUAAAGCUGCUUAAAUUUAAAUAUUUUCAAGCAGGGUUUUAUCAAGAGAAUGAACAGAUAUAAAACUGGCUAACCUACACCUCUAUAAAUAGACUACCUAUCACAAUAAGCCCCCUUUUGUUGCUAAACAUCCAUGCAAUCAUUUCCUUGCAUACAGCUCAAUGCCAAUUAAAAUUGAAUAGAAUUAGAAUUUGUUCUUAGAACACUGGGAUAUAUGUCUAUUGAUUCUCUUUAAUUUCCCCAAAAUGGCCAACAACUAUUGGAAAACAAACAACACAGACAUUUAAUUUUGCCACAUAUAACUAAGUCAUUUAAGAACUGCAAGAGCCUCGUGCUUUGAUUCUCAUUGCAAUGUGCCUUGAGAAUAGAUCCAUAUAUAUUUUUUACACCAAGUUGACUAAAACAAGCUCAACUGGAUUGAGUAAGUAUUAAGGUUUUUUAUCAAUAAUAAAA